AUGAGAGUAGCUCUGUGGCUUCAAGAAUCUGUAGAUGCACAGUGGUCACCGCCAGCUAAAACUGUCUCUACAGGAUUGCAGAGAGUUGAAAGAAGCGUCUUUAAAAGCAUGGCCCACUCUCUUCUAGAAAUUCUGAGUGAUGUGUCCCUAGGGGAGUCAGAGGUGGGGGAGCACCAGGAGGAGGAAGAGCAACAGCUUCCCAAUGAAAUAGUUGUGGUACUUGAAGAAGAAAGAAGCACAGAGGUGAUAUCUCUGGACUCUAGUGAACAGUCAUUUUGCUCAUCACCAAGACCCAGCAAAGAUCUUAUUGCUUAUGAAGUCAUGGUUAACCAGAGAAAUAUAGAAGAUGUCUGCAUAUGCUGUGGAAGUCUCCAGAUUCAUACACAACAUCCCUUAUUUGAUGGAGGAAUGUGUAUUCCAUGUAAGGACAACUUCUUGGAGUCAUUCUUCUUAUAUGAUGAAGAUGGGUAUCAAUCUUUUUGUACCAUCUGCUGCUCAGGGGAGAUACUACUCACAUGUGAAAACCCCAAUUGUAACAGAAGCUAUUGUUUUGAGUGUGUCGAUGCCCUUGUAAAUCCUGGAAGUUCAGCAAAAUUUCAAGCAAUGAGUAACUGGAAAUGCUUCUUGUGUCUACCCUUGAUAUCAGAAAAUGGGCUACUGAAGAAGAGGAGGAAAUGGCGGGAGCACCUAAAGGAUUUUUAUGAUCGAGAGUCUCAGAGACCUCUGAAAAUGUAUAAAACUGUGCCUGCAUGGAAACGAAAACCAAUCCAAGUUCUAUCCCUUUUUGGUGAUAUUGAGGAAGAACUAGUCAAAUUUGGAUUUUUGGAAGACAGCUCUGGUAAUGGAAGGUUGAAACAUCUGGAUGAUGUGACAGAUGUAGUCCGGAAAGAUGUAGAAGAAUGGGGACCGUUUGAUUUAAUAUAUGGUUCCACUCCUCCAAUUGGUCAAAUCUCUGAACAUCCACCUGUAUUUCAGAUAAACAAAUCCAUGAGGAAAAUAACAUAUCAUUUCCUUCACUUGGUACAGACAGAAGUGAUGAACAAUGGAUGCAGAAUUCUGCACACUGUCAAAAAUGUAUGGUACUUCCUCCAGUAUUACCGAGUCUUACAAUAUGGGAAGCCUAAGAUGGACAGUGAAAAGCCAUUUUUCUGGAUGUUUGUGGAUAAUUUGGUCCUGACUGAAGAUGACAAGGAAAUUGCUUCUCGAUUCCUUGAGAGUGAUCCAGUAACCAUAUAUGAGGUGUGUGAUGAGAUGGUCCAGAAUGCAGUCCUUAUAUGGAGCAACAUACCGUCCAUGGAAAGCAAUAAUUCAGCUCUGGCUUCAGACUGGGAUUUGUCUCUGCUAGCACAGGACAUACAGAGGUUGAAUGUUUUUUCUCCAUGGCCAUCCAGACUUGUGAAUAAAUGCUUUAUCCCUCUGAGAGAAUAUUUUAAAUGCUUUCCCAAAGACCACACUCCUUAA